AUGCAAUCAUCAGUAAAGAGUUUAACAAAAUUGGUUGGUACAUCGACAUCAUCGUCAUUCACCUUGAGAAACUAUGCAGUCGGUCAGAAUGUACUCAACAAGACCAACUACUUUUUGGAUCAGAGAUAUAAUAAGCACAACGUAAACGAUAUUUUCGCCAACAAGAAGGUUGUCGUUGUCGGUAUUCCAGGUAACAGCCCAGUCGAUACCUUCCAACAUGUACCAUCAUUCGUUAACAACUGUGAUAAGAUCUACUCUAAAGGUGUAAACUACAUCGUUUGUUUAUCAACAUUAGAUCCACCAAUGUUAAAGGCAAAUAGAAUUAGUUUGGAUCCAAAUCAAAGAUUGACUCACUUGUGCGAUGAGAACGGUGCAUUCGCAGAGGAACUUCAUCUCUGUCAAGAUCUCGAGGUUCAUGGUUUGGGUGUAAAAGCUCCAUACGUUAAAUUAAGAAGAUUCGCACUCAUUGUCGAUAAUGGUAACAUUGUAUUUGAAAGUAUCGAAAAGCAUGACGAUGAUUACUCACAUACAGAUGCUGAAACUAUUCUUAAAAACCUAUAA